AUGGUCUCUGCGCAUCUGCGUCCAUCUGGCCGCUUGCCCUUCACAGCAGACCCAGCACCCUCCUCCAGAGUCCCCAGUCCCACAACUGCCCCUGCCCUUGCCACGUCCCGCUCUGCUGGAUUGCCCACGCUCCCACUGCUCUCCUCCACCUCCUCCCUCCUGCCCCAAUUCACCUCCUCCCCCUCCGCAUCCUCACCCCUUUCCGCCCUCCCCUCUCCCUCUCCCCCCUCUCCCCCUCCCUCGCCUGCACUCUCUCGUGCCACCACCUGCGCCAUCUCCAGCAGCAACGCCACCCCAUCCUCUUCCCCCUCCGCCUCUCCCUCCUCUUGCUCUCCCCCUCUGCCUCCUCCUCACCCCCUUCCCCACCCUCCUCUUCCACCCCUUCUCCUACCUCCCUCUUCCCAUCCACUUCCCUCUCAAUCUCCCUCCCCUCCCCCUCCCCCUCCUCCUCCUCCCCGUCCCCACUGCCUGCUCUCACCCACGGCGCAAUCCUCACACGUGCUCGAAUCUCAGGUGACCUUAACGAGGGUGACACGUCACCCUCCUCCGACACAGGCCCCUCACUCUCUUCACUGA